AACAGCAGCGAUAUUGACAAUAUUCCUUACACACUUCCUUGGUGGCGGCAAAUCUUAUGGAGUGUCUUCUUUGGAGGCAUCGUAAUAGUCGGAACCGGAGGAAACCUGAUUGUGAUGUGGAUUGUCUUGGCGCACAAGAGGAUGCGCACAGUUACCAACUACUUCCUCGUCAAUCUUUCGAUAGCUGAUGCGAUGGUGUCAACACUCAACGUCACCUUCAAUUACACGUACAUGCUGAACAACGACUGGCCAUUUGGGGAAACGUACUGCAAGAUCACUCAGUUUGUCGCCGUCCUCUCCAUCUGCGCUUCGGUCUUCACGCUCAUGGCUAUAUCAAUCGACAGGUACUUGGCGAUUAUUCGGCCGUUGAAACCACGCAUGGGCCGGCGCACCACUCUGGGCAUCGCGGGCGGCAUCUGGGUUCUGGGCUCGCUUAUGUCGCUGCCCAUGCUGCUGUUCUUCACGACGGCGCCCUUGGAUAAGGCUGGCGGGGAGACGCAGAUCGUCUGCUACCCAGAGUGGCCCGACGGCCCCGGGCCGGGAUCCCUGUACGACUACAUAUAUACAGUGGUACUGAUGAUCCUGACGUACUUUCUGCCUGUUGGAUCGAUGACCUUUACUUAUGCUCGUAUUGGCAUGGAACUUUGGGGCAGUCAGAGCAUUGGUGAAUGUACACAACGCCAGGUGGAAAAUAUUCGCUCCAAGCGACGGGUGGUGAAAAUGAUGAUUGUUGUUGUGACCAUAUUUGUGGUCUGCUGGCUGCCUACACAUAUCUAUUUUAUCGUGCUGUCCUACGUACCAUCUCUCAACCAGUCUACAUAUAUCCAAGAACUUUACCUGGGUAUUUAUUGGCUCGCCAUGUCCAGCACCAUGUAUAAUCCCAUUAUCUACUUUUGGAUGAAUUCCAGAUUCCGUCGGGGCUUCAAACAGUUCUUCUCAUGGUGCCCGUUUGUGCACGUCCCGCCGGAGACGCUGUCUCGACGUGAAGCUGUCACGUCUCGCUACAGCUACUCAGGCUCCCCGGAGGCGCAGUGUCGCAUCAUGAGGAAUGGUUCGACGAGGGUGCACGGAUCGACAGAAACGGUGACGACGCACGCGGAUAUGGCGCCCAGCUACUCGACGUACCGUGGAGAGGGCGGCCGACGCUGGCGGCCGUAUGGACGCGAUCUGUCGCACAGCGUUUCCUGA